GAGACUCUUCAUUGACUACUUUGCACUGUCAGGUUUUCGCUAACGAUUCAUCAACUUAAUUCAUCACUGAUGGACAGUGACUGGAAGGAGAAAGGGAGAAGGAGAAAAAUAAGUAGAAAGUAGAAAGAAAGAGUGGGUGGUAUAGGUAGGGAAAAGUUGAACCUUGUUGUGUAAUAAAUAGGUUUUAUUUGAGGACCCACAAGAAAAGAGAUAUUUAAUCCAAGAAAUAUCGAUUGGUCGGGAAACCUAGGACUCUUGAGAGAUUUAACCAUAUUUUAUCCACAGAGAUAGAGAAGGUUGAAUUUUUCCAGAAUUUCCCCAUGGAAUUUUCAAUCACGUGUUACCUACUUCGACGUUCAUUGGUCUAAGAAACUGCGGGUCCACCCACACGCCGACGUAGAGGUUGGAGUGUCUUAGGACUUUGGAGAACACCAUUCUGCAUGGAUGUCGACGUUGAGAGUAACAUUUAAGGUCUACAACUACCUAGACAGUCAUGCCUUGCUUCACAAUGCUAUUAACCGUAACUGUAGUAUGCUGAAGAUGUACCUGUUUGGCUGCUGUUCUAACUUUGUGUUGGGCGGGCAAAGAUAAGAUGACCAGGGAACAUGCUGGAAUCGAAAUGGACCUCGCUUUUGGAUCAGUUAAGCCUUAUGGGUCCUCUCGGAGUAUAGUUAGAAGAAUUGCUACGAGCCUUCCUCUGAAACCUUGCCCUCGUGUUCACUUUCAGCUUCAUCCUUAUACCGAAGGUGCCAGCAGUCUCAACAGCUCCGCUGAGCAGAAUGGGUUUGUGGCCUCGCUCGCGGAUGUGGCCUGGAUCGAGAGGGGUGCGGGCGACACCCCCGCCAGACUCCGGUCGGGGGCGGAGGCGGAGGCGGAGCCUGGGUUUAUUUUCCGCUCCCACCAGCGCCCGGCUUCCAGACCUCUGAAGAGACAGCGGUCUCUGCCCUCCUUGCACCAGGAGGCGCUAGAGCCCCAGGCUCCGGCAUUCCCCAACCAGGAGGCCAUUCAGAAGAUCAGCGCCCUGGAGACUGAGCUGGCCAAACUCCGGGCUCAGAUAGCACAGAUCGUAUUGGCCCAGGAGCAGACCGCCCAGCCUGCUGUAGCUGCACAAGCUGGACCUGCUGCUGCCCCAGCCCCACCUGGAGGGGCUCCACCCCCGCCUCCACCACCCCCUCCCCCUCCCCCUCCCCCUCUACCCCCACCACCACCCCCCGGCCUUCAGCGGAGCGUUUCGGCCAUCGACCUCAUCAGAGAGCGCCGCGGGAAGAAGACGUCGACGCAGACCGCGCUCGACCCCGGGCCCAAGCAGCCGGAGAUUCCCAGCAUGCUCGACGUGCUGAAGGACAUGGGCAAAGUCAAGCUGCGCUCCGUCAAGAGUCGGCCAGAGGACGGCCUUGCCAAGCCGAAGCCCAGCGACCCCACGGACGCGGCCUCUCUCAUUGCGGAAGCUUUAAAGCGCAAGUUUGCUCACCGGUACCGGAGCGAGAGCUGGAGCGAAAGCUGGAGCGAGAGCGACUUCGGGCACCCCGCUCCCAGAGCGGAGUCUCCCCCAAACACCCCCGUGUUUGGACAGCACAUGUUGAAGCCCACGGGGAAGAAGAAGCUCCUUUAAGAGCGGGUAAUCUGAGGUCUGGCCUGUCCAAUCAGAGUUGUGCUCCCUGCGCGCAGUCUUCUCGGCGGGAACUCGUGACCGGACAGAUGGAUAAGGGACCAAGGCGACCACCACAUUGUGGUGCUUGUGUCCUCGGGACAGGGAGAGGGCUUUCGCCUCUAUAAUAUCCGCACUCGUGUACACAUGCAGCCACUUAGGUUUUAACUUAUUUUGUCUAAAACUCUUCUAAAUCGAUGCUAAUUUCAUAAUUCUGUAAAAAAUUGUAUUCAUUUUAAAGGUCAUGAGGGGUGUUCUUGAGCAUCCUCCUCUGUGAUACCUGCUUAAAGACACCUUCCUGUUCUGUUUAAAUGAUUCCAAGGCGGGACCUGCGCUGAGAAGACCAUUUUGUUUUCCAUGUUUGGUCAUGUUAGGUGUUUUUUUUUUUGAUGAAGCGGAGCUUUGUAUACAAAGGAAAGCACCAGUUGGUAAUCUUGAAGUCUUUAUGACCUUGAAACACUACAGGAAAUGGAGGAGGAAGGGGAAAUGGAGUUCAGAGAACAGACUCCAAAGCUAAGUGGUAUGAACAGUGCAGACGAGAAGGUCGACUGCAGGAGGCAGCCGAUCCUAUUGGCUGGACAGGUAUUGUACUGUGAACGUCACUGGUCUGCCUCUGAAAUGUGCCUUUUGGAGGAACAUUACUUUCAUCUCAUCACAGUUGCUGCUCACAUCAGAUGAGGGAUUAGAGUUCAGAGCACUUUCUGUUGGUCUGUUUCAUCUUGUGGAAUGUUGUAUUACAUUUUGCUGUAAAAGUGUUUUUAUUUUUAUUAUUUUUUUGGAUGGUUUAUAUUUAUAUUUGAAGUUUUUAGGAAGUAUUUUUAGUAGACUAACUACUAAAAUUUUGCCAAGUAAUUUAUAUAAUUUGUGCUUCAUGUUAAUGAUGAAAUUGAAGCAUUUGUGGUAAAUAAAUGUAUCCAUACAUAUUCAAUGUGUAGGAAUGUUUUGAUCUGCUGACUUUGUGUAGUGUUGAAAUAAGUUACCAAGAAUCCACUAAAUCAGUACAAUGAUAAGAAAUGUUGCUAUUUAUAUUUAUGGUGCAAGACCGGUAAAAUGAAGCACAGAAUUAUAGCAAUGUCCUGGUCUUCUGAAUUCCUAAUUAAACUUGAAAAUGGUAAUGUCCAGUAAAUGAUUGGUAUGUCACAGUAUAUUCUGACAAACAAUAUUCAUAUUGUGACAUUAAAUCAGCAAAAUUUGCAUUCCAAUGCCUCCUCGUAAAAUGCAGCGUCUUCAAAUGCAGCCUUAUCAUUUUUGAGUACAUACAUCAGUGUUAUAAAGCCAAAGACACUUGGAUGCAUAAAUAAUAUGGGGGGGAUUUGGUUUUUAUCAAAAAUAAAACUAGACCACGCAGGAGCCAUAAUUGUUUGAGUGACAUUUUGCCUGUCCUGCACUGAUAAUUUAGUCAUUCACAAAUGGUUUCAAGGAAAAUGCGUCUUAAAGAAAGGUUUGUCUGUGUUCUUUUUGUAGAACAACCAAAUCAUAGUCAGCCUUGGACCGGUCUAGAGUGCCUACGGCUGUCCCUGUUAUAAGUUACAAAAUGUUUCAAUCCAGUGCACUGUGCUCAGGCUAAACGUUGGAUAGUUUUCUUCUCCUGAACAACAAAGCGAAUCAUUAAUUCAUCUUCAAGCAACGUGUAUUCAAUUAUUGAAAGGUUCUUGUGUUCAUUAACCUUUUAAAAAAUUUAACAGAUGUGAAAUCGUAUAUUGAUACUCACUUGUCACCUGAAGUUGGGUGGGGGUGAUCAUCUGUACAUUGUAUUGAAUUAAAUGUUAAGUGGCAUGUCAGUAUACUCUAGUUUGCUGGUGAACAUUGCAAACUCACAAUUUUUAUUACUGUUUUUCCCCCAAGGUAUUACUUGUAUUGUAUUUGAGACAAGGGAAUAUUACGUGAAAGGAAUACAUUUUAUUUAUUGCUAUUACAGUGGUGUCCAACCCCCCAAAUGUAAUUUAAGCAACCAAAUUACACGGCUAAGCUGUCUGUAAGGAAUAAAUGCUGGUAAGACUGGAUUUAAAUAAAAUGAUGAAAACAUGUUUGAAGUCAUAAAUCAUGGCUGUGCCUUUAAAAAUGUGAAGCUUGACACCAGGCUUGAGGCAUGUCCAGAAUUCCACAGGUUUAAUACCUGCCAUUUGCUUCACUUAAAACAAGGGGGGCAGAAGUUUAGCCUCAUUCAUCACUCCAAAUGAUUCAUUUCAGAUUCAAAAAAAUAAUAAUUAGCAUCCAUGGCUACAUGUCCUCAGAGCUCAUACUUUAUUGAAUUUUGUACCAAUUUGUCAGUAUUGCACACUGGUCCCUCUGAAAACAAGCAGAAUGCACACCCCCCCUUGUAAGUGUUCACUUAUGACCUGGUGACAGGGCCCGACAAGUUCUUCACAAAAUUACUAUUGGUUGGGAGUUCUGAAAUAUGCAAGUGCUGUCAAAAGAGAGAUGUUAAAAUGUAUCUGGAUGCACAACUGGCAAGUCUGUUUUCACAAUUUUACCGCAUUUUCUCAUGCUUUACCGGUUUUAGAUUAGAAUUUUGUUAAUUGAAAUAAAGUUGAAAGAUGGAAGUUUGUCAACUUGUUUUAUUAAUCAAAAUGUAACUGCAACAGGCAUGUAUCAAAAGGUCAAUACAGCAAAGCCUUUACAAAAUGGCUUGACACUGACGUCUUCUCCCCAAAAUGGCUGUUACAACAAAUUGUAAACAGGUUUUCAUCAACAGUCUGACAGCAAUUACAAGAGAAAAUACAAAUUGGCUAAAAUAAGCACCUGGUAUCGUUUUAAAAAAAAACAAAACAAUUAUAAAAGCAAAAAAAAAUAAACAAUUAUAAAAGCAAAACGGGAAA